CCCAAGAAUCCUCCUGCGUCCCAACCCGGAAAAUGAUGUUGAGGGAGUCUCUCCUGGGGAACAGGCCAACCCACCAACCCACCAAGAAGGCUGGGACUCUGCUGCCUCCUGGCCUCUUCCUACUCCAGAUGCCUCCAAGCGCAACCUAUCUCAGGUGCUCUGAUCUGGACCUCUGCACGCCAGUCCAACGUCGAUGGGAAGCUGUGGGAAGGGAGAAGCAGGCCAACAGAGCCCGGUCCCGGUUCCUCCUCGGUGCCCCACAGGUUCUCCUAAUUCUCAGGGGACUCUGAAACCAGAGAGGAACCUCUACACCAGCUGGGUGAAUUAUGAGUCGAGAGGGAUGGUUCUGAGGAGGAAGCAGAGAGAGACUUUCGUUUGUGGCUCUGGAGUCUCUUGACUCUGCUGGGCUCAAGGUUCUGGUGGGUGGAAAAGUCAUCAAGGAGGGGACCCCGAAGGCAGGAGAAGCAGCAACGGGUGGAAGGUCAUCAAGGAGAGAAGCCACCUAAAAGGAAGGAGACAGUGAGAACUAUCAGUCAGUGAUUAUUCAAGAGCUGGCCUUCAGGUGUGGUGGGGGCUCCAUCACUGGAGGCUUUCAAGAAGAGAAGGCAUUUCUCUGCAAUGGUGGGGGGUUUCCGGCCUGAGCAGGGGGCUGGACUAGAAGACCUCCAAGGCCCCUUCCCACUCUGUCAUUCUGACCCUGCUUAUGGCUAGUGGCAUCUUCUUCUGUCUCCUUGCAGAUAUCACCCACCCCAUUCCGGAUUUGACCGGCUUCAUAACCGAAGGGCAAAUUUAUGUGGACCGACAGCUUCACAAUAGGCAGAUCUAUCCCCCCAUCAACGUGCUGCCGUCUCUCUCCCGUCUGAUGAAAUCAGCCAUCGGAGAAGGCAUGACCAGGAAGGACCACGGAGAUGUUUCCAAUCAAUUGUAUGCGUGUUACGCCAUCGGCAAAGAUGUCCAGGCCAUGAAAGCUGUGGUGGGAGAAGAGGCCCUCUCGGCAGAUGACCUCCUCUACUUGGAGUUCCUACAGAAGUUUGAGAAGCAGUUCAUUGCUCAAGGCGCCUACGAGAACAGGACCAUCUUCGAGUCCCUGGACAUAGGAUGGCAGUUGCUCCGUAUCUUCCCCAAAGAACUGCUCAAAAGGAUCCCCGAAAGCAUCUUGGCUGAAUAUUAUCCCCGGGAGGCCAAAGGAAAUCCAGGCUCCGACACAGCGCUCUGAACCCCGGCCUGUCCGAACCCUCCUUCAGGAGAGAGCUGGGCUCAAACGUGCUCAGCAGAUGGGGAGAAGACGCCUCUCGGGAUACGAAGCCCCUCUCUUGCGUUGGAAUCCAAUCCAAACUCCACUUUGCAAAGGUCCCUGAGUCCCAUAUCUCGACUUCCUGCUUGGCAGCUGUCCAAAAAGACCACCCACUCGCUUUUCAGGCUGCACAACAAUUGGGGAUACACGCUGUCCGAUUCCAAAUAAAAACAAACAAACUUCUGAGAA